AUGGGCUCGUAUCAGAAGCUGUUAGGAUUAUCCAGACUCAGCUCUAUCCCCAAUGUCGCCAACCCCUUCUACACCUUGCAGAAAUCUUUGCAGCAAAAUCGACGGAAUCGCAUACUUGCAGGAAGCAUAAGACAGUCAUCAAGUUAUGUCGAAGAGAUGCGACGAGCGUGGGAGAGGGAUCCCAGUUCCGUGCACGACUCAUGGGUGUCCUACUUUGAAAAGUAUAGCUCGAUACCGACCACGCACGCUCCAAGCCUUUCAAGUCUGCCGAACUCUGACGAAUUACAGAAGAUUGCAUCGGACCAUAUCAAGAUGUUGUUGUUCAUCAGAUCCUACCAAGUGCGGGGUCACUACAUGUGCAAGUUUGACCCCCUAGGAAUCAACGAUGCGAAUCUGCAUGUGGAUAAGUUUAGUUAUCGUGGAAGCCAGGAGCAGGCUGACAGUGUCCCCAAGUUUUUGGAUUAUCGAACAUACGGCUUCACAGAAGCGGAUCUUGAAAGGGAGUUUUACUUGAAUGCAAGCGUCAGUGGCAGGGGGGGUCUGAUAGGCAGUAAAGAGAAGAAGAAAUUGAAAGAGAUUAUCCAGAUCAUGAAAGAAGCUUAUUGUGGCACGGUGGGUGUGGAAUUCACGCAUAUUGCAGACCUUGAACAGCAAAACUGGAUUCGAUCAAAGUUUGAGAAACCCAAGAAAUUUGAAUUCGAUGAACAAGCCACACUCCGAGUACUUGAUCGCUUGAUUUAUUCUGUUCAGUUCGAGAGUUUCUUGGCUACUAAGUACAAUACCACGAAGCGUUUUGGCUUGGAGGGUGUCGAUUCGUUGAUUCCAGGUAUGAAGGCGAUGAUCGAUACGGCGGUGGAACUCGGCGUUGAGUCAAUCGAUAUCGGGAUGCCGCAUAGAGGUCGCCUGAAUGUCUUGGCGAAUGUUAUGCGUAAGCCCUUGGAGGAAAUGCUGUACGAAUUCAUGGAGGGAACGAUCACUGCAGAUGCUGAAGGCCAUUUGCUUGGCUCCGGGGAUGUGAAAUAUCACCUUGGGUUUACCAUGGAUCGCCCAACACAUAGCAAUAGGAAUGUUCACAUUUCCUUGUGCGCAAAUCCCUCGCACUUGGAGGCAGUCAACCCCAUCGUGGAAGGAAAGACAAGAGCGAAGCAACAUUACUCAGGAGACACGGAAAGGAAGCGAUGCAUGAGCGUGGUGCUCCAUGGAGAUGCAGCCUUUGCAGGUCAGGGGGUCGUCUACGAGACAUUGGAGCUCUCUGACAUCAAAGGAUAUACCACUGGUGGCACCAUCCACAUCAUCGCAAACAAUCAGAUUGGUUUCACGACGGAUCCUCGAUUUUCAAGGUCAUCACCUUACUGCACAGAUGUCGCUAAGUCGGUGGGUGCGCCCAUUUUCCAUGUCAAUGGUGAUGACCCAGAGGCUGUUUGCUGGGUCAUGUCCUUGGCUGCGGAAUUUCGACAGACAUUCCGCAAGGAUGUGGUGGUGGACAUCGUCGGUUACAGGAGGCAUGGCCAUAACGAGAUCGAUGAGCCCAUGUUUACUCAACCUCUGAUGUAUAAAAUCAUUAAGAAGCAUCCUGACGUUCUCAAGAUCUACUCCGACAAGCUGGUUGCUGAAGGACGUGUCACUCGGGAGAAGGUUGAAGAGAUGAAGGCAGCUGCUAACACAGUCUUCAACGAAGCCUUCGAGAAGGCCAAGGACCCGAACUAUCGCCCCCCGCCUUCUGCUUGGUUCGGUACUCAGUGGAAGGGCUACAAAACCAAGUUUCAGUUGGGAAAGAAUGACGAGACUGCUGUCCCUAAGGACACCUUGCAGUCCAUUGGGGAGAAGAUAUCUGCUGUGCCCCAAGGCUUCAACAUUCAUCGCAAGUUGGAGAAGAUGAUGCGCGACAAGCGAAAGGCUGUUUGCGAUCAGGAGAAGGGGAUCGACUGGGGAACUGCUGAGGCCCUUGCAUUCGGAAGCUUGUUGUUGGAAGGCACCCAUGUUCGACUGUCAGGGCAGGAUGUAGAAAGAGGGACGUUCAGCCACAGGCAUGCAGUGCUCCACGAUCAGAAGAACGAGACCAAGUACAUUCCGCUCAACAACUUGUCUCCCAACCAAGCUAUGUUUGCCGUUUUCAAUUCUAACCUCUCUGAGUAUGCUGUCCUUGGAUUUGAACUGGGAUAUGCCAUGGAGAAUCCCAACUCACUCGUGUGCUGGGAGGCUCAAUUUGGAGAUUUUGCCAAUACAGCACAGGUGAUUAUCGACCAGUUUAUCAGCAGCGGAGAGCAGAAGUGGCUGAAAGGCUCCGGACUCGUCAUGCUCCUGCCCCAUGGAUUCGAAGGUCAAGGACCUGAACAUUCCUCAGCAAGGCUGGAGAGAUACCUUCAGAUGUGUGACGAUGACCCUGAUUACAUUCCUGAGAUGGAGGACACAGGGGUGCGACAGAUCCAAGAUGUCAACAUGCAGGUCGUCAAUCCGUCCACCCCCGCCAACUACUUCCACCUGCUGAGAAGACAGAUCCGCAGAGAUUUCCGCAAGCCUCUGAUCUGCAUCAGCCCCAAGUCUCUCCUUCGUCAUCCUCAAUGCCAGUCCGAUCUCUUGGAUUUCUACGACAACAAGGGAUUCCAGAGGGUUUUGCCGGACAGCCUUGAGGACAUCGUUCCCGACAAAGAAGUUCAACGACUUAUUCUCUGUUCUGGAAGAGUGUAUUACGACUUGGCUGCGGAGAGAGACAAGCGCAAUGUAAAGGAUGUGGCUAUCGUGAGGAUCGAGCAGAUUUGCCCCUUCCCCUACGACCGUGUCGGGCAAAUGUCUAUCCGAUACCCCAAUGCAGAGAUCUUCUGGGUGCAGGAGGAGCCGUUCAACCAGGGAGCUUGGGGUUACGUGCAGCCUCGCAUCGCCACAGCCCUUCGUGAUCUUAACGGUAAAGAAGCCUUCUACGUCGGUAGAAAUGCGGCAGCUUCUCCUGCCACUGGAAGUCCAGCCAUCCAUCAAGCCGAGCUGGAUCGUAUCCUAGAGGAUGCGUUUGCCCCUAACUACAAGCACGAGCAAUGGCAGUGGAGGCUGUCGGACUUGCUCAGUAAGACCAAGAAGUGA